ACUAGGAAGAGUUUCCAUACACGAAGACUUCAGUUGGACUCCACUAGCAGUAUAAAAAAGGUUUUGGUAACCUUUGUCAAGUAUGAUACUGUAUGUUUAUCUGUGGAAGUGUUCACUUGUCUUCUUUGAUCAACAGGCAGAGACGGAAUGAAUGACAUUGCCUUUCUAAACAAAGACGGGGACAGUUUUCCCACUGAGCCCAGAAAGCAGAGCCCAGUGGUAUCUGCUGCCGCCACAUUAUGCGGGUAUCUGGACAAGCUGAGCGGGCCACUUAAGGUCUGGAGGUCCCUCUGGUUCAUAUACGAAGAGAAGGAGUGUCAGCUGGUCUACUACAAGUGUGCCCAGGAUGUGAAUCCACUGGGAUGGAUUGACCUGUCCAAUGCCAUACUGGGAGACCUACCGCAGGCAGACCAGGGGACCUUCUACAUUCAAACACCCGAGCGCACCUUCACCCUCAAGGCUGUGAAUUGCAAGUCUAUGAUAUACUGGCUAAAGCAGCUCCAGUUGAAGAGGUGGCAUCAUGGGAACAUUUCUGGAAAGCUGUUAAUGGUCACCAGUCACCAUGCACUACGACGAUUCGCCACUCUGAGUGACGUCCUCCUCAGACACACUCCGACAGGAAUUCAUAAGGAAUACUUACUCCGGAGCCGCUCCUCCCAGGAGCUCAGCCACAGCCUCAGCUGGGAGGAACUCUGGGACCCAUUCCUGCCACUCAAAGACAUCCAGGCCCCUCCAUAUUUUGACCAGGACAAAUCACCUCCAAAAACAAAUAUUGAGCCCUCUGGGCCAAAAACACAGUGGGUCCGGGAGAUAGAGGCACCAAAGGAACACCAGAGCUCCCUAAGCAGUGAGAGCUCCUCUUCUAACCCCGCAGAUAAGACUGCUAGUCCACAGCAGGAAGAGCCUGCAGACACUGCCCGUCUUCAACAGGAAGUGCUCAGUCUGGCAGGCCAGGUCAAGGCCCAGAAGGAUCUAGUAUCCCUGUUGCAGAAGGCCCUGGAUUUGGCCCAGCUGGAGAAAUUGACUCCUGCAGUAGAGUCCCUGAGGUCGGAGUGUGAAUGGAAGAGUUCCAACUCACAACCAUGGAAUCAAGGCGAGUGCAACACAGAUAAUUCUUAUGGCCUGCAGGUUGCGCCACUGCUGCGGCACGACUGUGUGGCCGAGUCUCAGGAUCACCUCCGGCUACUGGCUGAGAGGAACCAGGCUGAGAGAGAGUUGGUCCACCGUCUGUCCCAACAAGUGGCUGAGAGUUUGGCCCACCCCCAGCGAAGCCUCGUCCGCGGUUGGACUGUCCUUGAAACGCAGGAGCAGCUGAGACAGGAGAUUAGGAAUCUUAAGGACAACAUUGAGGCCUACAAGACUCAGAAUACUUACUUGAACGCAGAGAUCUACAAGCUAACCAAAGAAUGGAGGCAGAGUACAGAACAAGAGAAGUGCUUGAUGAUAAAGGUUGCCCAUCUGGAGGCCAAGGUGUUCCGGAUGGAGAGCAGGUCUCUGACAGUCCUCUUCAAGCUACAGGAGAGCAGAGGUUUGGAGAGACACAGGGAAGCCAUAAAGACCCUGAUCACUGACACUCUUCGGGAGGGCGGGAGGGACAUUCUGGAACUGAACCCUACUGUCGUCAUUUGUGUGUUGUGUAGGGAAUAUGAUGAGUAUGGGUUCAGAAUCUCCACUGACAUCCAAAUGGAUGAUAUGAAGCUGCUGGCCAAACUGCAAGCAUUAGGGAUUCGUUCCCACGAUCCCCCACAACAACAGAAGGAUGGGGAAGAGGGGGACGGCGAGCGUCUUUGGGGCCGCUGGGCCCAGCACUUUGAUGGCAGACGAUCAGACAAGGCGGUGGCCUCUCCGAAGCUGAAGGGGCUUCUGAGAAAGGGCGUGCCGCACCACUACAGGCGCCGUGUGUGGCGCUGGAUAGUGUGGAGCCGCACCCGCUCCCUGAGAGAGCGCCACCCCCACUGGUACCAACAGAUAUGCUUUAGGAGCCAGGCUGCGUCGGCCCCCCGGGUCUCGCAGCAGAUCUGGUUGGACCUGGAGACCACUCUGAGGGGGAACCGCCACUUCUCCUUCCCUGCCAAGCGUGCCGUCCGGCAGCUACAUCGUAUCCUCCUGGCCUUUUCUUGUCAUAACCCGUCUGUCGGCUACUGCCAGGGCCUCAACAGAUUGGCUGCAAUGGCCUUGCUAGUGUUGCAGAGCGAGGAAGAUGCUUUCUGGUGUCUGGUGGCCAUUGUCGAGACCAUCAUGCCUCAGGACUUCUAUGGCAAGACUCUAACAGCAUCUCAGGUGGAGCAACGCGUGCUCAAGGACUUCAUGGCAGAGAAGAUGCCGAGACUAACAGCCCAUUUCCACUGUCACGGAGUGGACGUGUCCCUGGUCACCUCCGACUGGUUCCUAGCUGCGUUCGUGGAGAGGCUGACCAGUGACGUCCUGCUCAGAAUUUGGGACGCCUUCCUGUACGAGGGCACCAAGGUGAUAUUUCGCUAUGCAUUGGCGCUCUUCAAAUACACAGAAGAGGACAUUCUGAAGAUUCAUCAUAGUGUGGAUAUCUACCAGUACCUCCGUUUCAUCACCAGAACCAUCACAGACAGCAGGAGACUGACGACCAUUGCAUUCAGCGACAUGAACCCGUUUCCUUUCAAGCUGCUCCGUCAGAGACGGGCCCUGCACCUUCAGUGUGUGCAUGUACAGUUGAGUGAGUUAGAGCGUAUCCAGAGGAAGCUGGGUAGAGAGCGACGCCAGCACAAGGACAGGGAGGGGGCCACAUGAGCUCUGGAUAAAAGGCUCUGGCCAGAUUCCAAUCGGAACUUUUACCUCCUGCCUCCUGUUACUCACUUAUCCCAGUAGAUAUUGUAGGUUUGUAAUUUCUUGUUUGAUGUUUUCAAUGUUCAUGUUUUAUUGUCACGUGCAUAAAUACAGUGAAAUGCC